AUGGUAUCUUAUUUGCUUACACCUUUUCCUCUAUUAUUCAGUUUUACAUGUUUCUUUACAUUUGCUUAUGGCAAAUCGAAAGUAUCGUUCGCUCGGGAAUCUCAUAUUUUUCUGUCACGGCUUUCUUUUAGCACUUUCUUUCUUGUUCCUUUCUUAACUUUAGCUAUAUCAGAUUUGUUCAUAGUGAAUCUAUAUAGGUUUGGUCAUUAUCUAUCUAUCUAUCUAUCUAUCUAUCUAUCUAUCUAUCUAUUUAUUUAUUUAUUUAGUGAGUCAACAGUGCAGCUCAUAUUUGUCCCAUAUUAUAUCUAUCUAUCUAUCUAUCUAUCUAUCUAUCUAUCUGCAUUUAGGCAAAGAAUUUUUAUUGCUGGUAAUAUUAUCUAUCUAUCUAUCUAUCUAUCUAUCUAUCUAUCUAUCUCGAUUAACAGUGGGCUUACUGGAGGAAAUUUAAACAUGAGGCAGAUUGAAGAACGCAUUGCAUUAUGA